GCGAGCACAGGCUCGCGGAAGAGACCUGGCGAGAGCACUUCCGUCUUCUGGUCCUGCACAUACAGAGCAAUGACAGCGACUCUGCGCCCAUACCUCAACGCUGUGCGUGCCACACUGCAGGCUGCCCUCUGUCUGGAGAACUUCUCCUCUCAGGUGGUAGAGCGCCACAACAAGCCAGAGGUGGAGGUUCGGAGCAGUAAAGAGUUGCUUCUUCAGCCUGUCAUUAUUAGUCGUAAUGAGAAGGAGAAGGUGCUGAUCGAGGGCUCUAUCAACUCAGUCCGAGUCAGCAUCUCUGUUAAGCAGGCGGAUGAGAUUGAGAAGAUCCUCUGUCAUAAGUUCAUGCGCUUCAUGAUGAUGAGGGCAGAGAACUUCUUCAUCCUGAGGAGGAAACCAGUGGAGGGUUACGACAUCAGUUUCCUCAUAACCAACUUCCACACUGAACAAAUGUACAAGCACAAGCUGGUGGACUUUGUCAUUCAUUUCAUGGAAGAGAUUGACAAGGAGAUUAGUGAGAUGAAGCUGUCUGUCAAUGCCAGGGCCCGUAUUGUCGCAGAGGAGUUCCUCAAAAAUUUCUAAAAACAAACCCCCCAAAACAUUCCUCACCAUGAUCACAAAAGUCACCAUGGUUUCUUGGAUGGAGCCCAUCACAGGACAGAAAUGGAAGAGGCGGAGCAAUAGUCUGUCAAGCCAACCACAGUGAUGACAUCUAUGAAGUGCAUCUGACCAAUGUGGAUGUUGUCCUUCAUCAUCAAUGUUUCCCUGUGCUCAGAUUUAUUGAUGUUUGUACAUAAUGAAUAUUCACAGCCUCAUUUAAUUUCUGCCUUUAGAACAAAACAUAAAAUCAGGGCGGGUCCUUAAAAUGAAACCCUCAGUCAAUUUUGACGAGCACAGGAAAACAAGAGUUUCUUUCUGAUAAUUUAAAUGUUUUUUUUUUAUAUGAAUAUUAUAUGACCACGUAUAUAUCAUUUUUUUUGCAAAGUUUUUGUUACAACAGACCUUAAACAAAUUGGUGCACAUGUUUAUUGUCUUAAUACACAGAGUCGACCCUAUCAUUGAUGGAAAUAAAUAUGAUUAGCGCUGAAAUUGAGAAAUAAAUCCCUUUAUCGCUUG